UGGACACUUUGAAGUAAGACCAUGCUGCCCGCGCAGGAGGCCGCCAAAAUCUACCACACCAACUACGUACGCAACGCGCGCGCCAUGGGCGCGUUGUGGACCGUGUUCACCAUCAACUUCGCCGUCAUCACCGUGGUGGUGUUCAUCCAGCCAUACUGGAUAGGAGAUAGUGUCAACACGCCGCAGGCCGGCUACUUCGGCCUCUUCCACUACUGCAUCGGGAACGCGCUAACUUCUGAGCUCACCUGCAAAGGGAGCGCGCUGGACUUCGGCUCCAUCCCGUCCGGCGCCUUCAAGACGGCGAUGUUCUUCGUGGGGAUCUCCAUGCUGCUGGUGGUGGGCAGCAUUGUCUGCUUCAGCCUCUUCUUCUUCUGCAAUGCCGGCAGCGUCUACAAGAUCUGCGCUUGGAUGCAGCUAGCGUCCAGCACCUGCAUGGUAAUUGGCUGUAUGAUCUACCCAGACGGCUGGGACUCAGAGGAGGUGAAGCGCAUGUGUGGCCAGCGGACCGACAAGUACACACUGGGCAACUGCACAGUGCGCUGGGCCUACAUCCUGGCCAUCAUCAGUAUAAUGGACUCCCUCGUCCUGUCCUUCCUCGCUUUCAGCCUGGGCAACCGGCAGGACAAACUACUGCCCGAGGACUUCCAGGUGGAGGGAAAAGGUAACUUGGGGAAAAUGAUGCCUAAGGCCCUUGUGGAACAGAAGCAAGACCUGUGA